GCUCCUAUAAUCUAUAACCCUUUUAUGCCAAAUAUCCAAUGCUUCUCUUCAAAAACCUUUUCUCCCUUAAUACAAGGGAGCCAACCAAGUUAUUUUCUAAAAAUCAUCUUUCCCCUGUCUUUGAUUUUAAAAUUUCAUCCUUGGAGAAUGAAAAAAGAGCAAGAAGAACCAAAUCUCUCAAGUGUGAAAAUGUAGUAAAUUCAUAUUCUUCUCCUCAUGAUCAACAUUUUUCACUUAAAGCAGUCACUGAUGAUGCAGCCAUAACUAUGGAGGAUGAAAGAGAAAUUAUAGCACAAAAAGCCAAUAAUGGUAUAGGGAUUAAUGAGUUUUUUGAAGGGAAGAACAUUCUUGUCACAGGUGCUACAGGGUUCCUUGCUAAAGCUCUGAUUGAAAAGAUGCUGAGAACAACACCAAAGGUAAACAGGAUCUACAUACUCAUCAGGGCAAUGGAUAAGGAAGCUGCAUUUCACAGAUUAAAAAGUGAAAUUAUGGAGUCAAAAUUGUUCAAAUGCCUAGAAGAAAUACAUGGUGAAUCCGACAAGUUGUUCAUACAAAGUAAAUUGGUUCCUGUGGUUGGAAAUAUAUAUGAGCCAAAUCUUGGUAUGGAUAUUAUUACUGCUCACAAAAUUGCGGAAGAAAUUGAUUUGAUUGUGGACUCUGCAGCCAUCACAACAUUUGACGAGAGGUAUGACUUAGCUCUUGAUGCUAACGUGAACGGUCCAUAUCAACUCAUGAUGUUUGCAAAGAAAUGCAAGAAACUUAAACUUUUUAUGCAUUAUUCAACUGCGUAUGCAAAUGGUGGAAGAAAAGGAUUAAUUUUGGAGAGGCCUUUUACUAUGGGAGAAAGCUUAACAAAGGAAAUGAUCACUUCAAAUGUUCCAUCACUACAUGCUGCCAUUGAAUUGGACCUAGUUUCAAAGUUGAAGAACAAUAUUAAUGACAAUGGCUUGGAGCAAAAUAUGAAAGACUUGGGAUUAGAGAGGGCAAAGUUGUAUGGAUGGCAAGAUACAUAUUCAUUCACAAAGGCCAUUGGUGACAUGAUGAUAGAUAGCAUGAGGGAUGAAAUACCAAUUCUCAUUCUUCGUCCCUCCAUAAUAACAAGUAGCUAUAAAGAACCUUUUCCAGGCUGGAUACAAGGAUUCAGGGCAAUCGACCCAUUAAUCUUUUUCUAUGGAAAGGGUGACCUCCCUGGCCUUCUUUGUGAUCCAGACUGUUUUGUUGAUGUUGUUCCCGUUGAUAUGGUUGUAAAUGCAACAAUGGCUGCUAUUGCAAAGCAUGGAUACUUGCAAAAUCCAGAACUAAUUAAUGUCUAUCAUGUGGCAUCAACAUCUCUGAAUCCUGUAUCAUAAUCUCAGAUUUUCGACUAUUCUUACGAUUUCUUCCAUUUAUUUCCUUUUGUUAAUUCAAAAGGAGAUAAAGUUGAGGUCAGUAAGAUGAAAUAUUUUGACAAAAUGUCGGAUUUUUCAAAUUAUAUUUGCGAGGUGCUAUUCAGGCAGCAUGAAGUACAAUAUUUAAGUGAAGAAGAACUUAGACAGAUUCAAAUACGUUUUAAAAGAAAGGUUGAAUAUUUGAAGCACUUCAGCAAGCUCUAUGAACCAUACACUUUCUAUAAAGGCUGGUUUCACAAUGGCAACGUAAGAGAGCUAAUUGGAGAAAUGUCUGGAGAAGAGAAAACAAGCUCUGAAAUUGACGUGACCAAAAUUAAUUGGAGAAAU